UGACUGUAAUGUUGAUCUGUCUUUUCACCUAUGUCUGGGAAUACACAGCGGGGAGAUAAGUGUAUGCUAAGUAAAUAGGGAUGGGAGUGGGAGACACAAGAGCUGUCCAGUUUCAAGGCCAGUAGAGAGCGUUGUGAUUGGCCAAGUGCAUGUUGGGGGAAGCCACACAAUCGAGGAUAUAAAGCGAUACCUGACUGUUAAGGAGUUAUUUGGAAACCAACCCGGAGUUGUUGUUAUUUUAGCAAGUGGUAAUAAAGCCUUAUUAUUUCCAACCUAGUCCUUCUCGACCUUUCUUCCUUUGUUCGACUAUUAGAUUGUGGGUUGUUUUAUCCACACUAGAGUAAAACAUGUUAAUAAACAUGUCACGAUGCGGCUCAACUUUGGAAGAACAGCUUUCGUCCAUAAUGGACGUACUUGGGAAAGCUGCCGUAUCUGAAAUUAGCCAAUUGUUUUCAGAAGGCUCGACUACCCUUCACUUACAAAUAUCUCAGAGCAUGAAAGAAAACGAAGCGCUGAGGACGAAGAUAAAGGCGAUGAGGAGUGAGAUUUUUUCUUUGCGGCUUCAAAUGAGAUCAGACGCAUCGCGAGCGUCAAGUCAUUUCGCCCUGGCUCGAGCCAACAUCUGCAAACCACGGCCUAAAUCACUCGGAAUUGUUUCUGUAGAAGAUUGCGAUGACUUUGGAGACCUUAGCACACAGCACGGCGCCACCUCAGAUACUUUGCAUGUGGACGCCCCUGGCUCCUCCCACAUGUCCAGUCACAGCGAGGAGCUGAGGAUCCUAAGUUUCCACGGAAAAGGGAAGGGCCGACUGGCGCUGGACGGCCAUGACACCCUCUUCACGUCCGAACUGGAGGCCCUUAACUCGCUGUCCGCGGACCACAGCGUGGCCAAUAGCCUGGAGCAGCUGUUCCACUGCGAGGAGCUGACUGGAAAGGUUGGAAAUCAUCUUCUCAUUCACCAUCCAAAAGAGAGGCUUCCUCUGUUACAACUCCAGCACACACCCAUAGAAAGCACACACCUUUAUGAUUCAAUGUUUUUUUUAGCGGGGAUUGAAAACUUUUCUGUGCAAAUGAAAGAAUAUUUCUUGUGUGUGUUUCUUUCUUCACGUGGAAAGCAGCGGACCCCAGACAUUAUUUUAAUCAAGGAAGAAGAGGAUAUUGGUGGAGGCAUGGCCGCUGUUGAAGACUGCGAUGACCUUCGAGACCGCAGCACACACAGCAGCACCACCUUGGAUAGUCUGCAUGUGGAGGCCUCUGGCUCCUCCAACAUGUCCAGUCAGAAUGGGGAGCUGCGGAUCCUGAGCGUCCAUGGAAAAGGAGAGGGCCCACUUGCAGACGGCCAUGACACCCCCUUCACCGUGUCCGAACUGGCGGACCUGAGCUCGCUGUCCACGGACCACCGCGCGGCCAAGAGCCGGGAGCAUGGCAAGCGGCUGGUCCACCAUGAGGAGCUGACUGGGCAUCAGGGCGGCCACAAGGGCCGGCCGUGUGUCUUGUUUGGCAAGGGUUUUCCCGACAAUACCAAGAUGACCAUCCACAUGCGUAGCACCGGCGAGAGGCCGUGCUUCAUGCAUUGGUGCGACCAAUGCAUGAAGCGCUUUAGGACAAGGGGCCACCUGAAGAUCCACAUGAGGACUCACUCCGGGGAGAAGCCCUACGGAUGUGACCAAUGCAUGAAGCACUUCAGGACAAGUGGCCAGCUGAGGAUCCACAUGAGGACUCACUCCGGGGAGAAGCCCUACGGAUGUGACCACUGCAUGAAGCGCUUCAGUACAAGCUCCAACCGGAAGAGCCACAUGAGGACUCACUCCGGGGAGAAGCGCUGAAGGUGCCUGCAGUGCAACGCCAGCUUCAGGGAACCUAGCAAUUUGCGUUGGCACAUGCUCAAGCACAAAGACAAUGGGGUGCUUUGACACGGGGCAACAGUACGCUUUGAUUGACACCUCUAUCCUUUAUUCGUUGAAAUGACUGCUGUAGCUUUUUUUUCAUUAUGAUAAAAGACGCUUUCCAACUUUUGAUUCACUUUCUUUUUUAUUGUUAAAAUGUGUAAAUAAUGUGAAGGAUAACUUGUUUUUUCGAAAUUACUGACAAUAAAAUAUUAGAAUCAAUUUAAGAGCAUGAUCAUUGGAUGAUACAGGCAGCAAAGUUACCAAGUAUACAUUGAAUGAGACUAUUGGUGUACAUUCUUAUCGGAAACUUUGACAUUGUGAGUUAAUAAAAAGGAACCAUUAGAGACCAUCGUGGAGAGUUUAGAAUUGGCCAGAGGAGAGACCAAGUUAAAUUGCAAUACACUAUAGGUGAAGUGAAAUAGGCUGCAUGACAGUUAAAGGAAUCUAAACAAAGAAGUCAGUCAAUUGGUAUGGCGACACAUUACAGCCAUACUAAUGUGUCGCCAUACUCUUGCUUCAUUCUUGCACACAACCGGCGUCUGGACCUACACUUCACUAAACUUAACGCUACCACUCACUCUCUACGCACACACACACACACUGCCAGUGAUAUUGUGUAUGAUACUUUCUCGUGCUCACGAGAUACUUUCUCUUCUCUUUACGGGUUCCGUAUUUCUUAAAUGUGAAGUUGGCAUUUUCUUUUCUUAUGGUGUAUUUUAUGUGCAUAAUAACCAACAAUAAAUGAAUUCAUUUAUAUUCAAAUAA